UGCUUUAAUUCACUUUGAGAUUUGUUUAGUUCAUUUGGAAUUAUAUCAGAAAUGCUACAAUACAUGUGUUAGAAGUUUAAUUGAAAUAAGUACAUGUUUUUCAUAUCCAAACUUUUUGAUCUUGAGAUUAUUUUUUAUUUCUGGGGUAACUUUGAGAGAAAGGCAGUUUGGAAACAACGCCUUCAGGCGGAUAGAAAGUGCAUCGACUGAGAGACUUUUGUUUGACUUGCAACACGCCUUCACGGCAAUUCACUGGAAGCACCAGUACAUAUGUUUGUUUUCUUCGUUUGCAGUUUUCUAAAGUCAACUUCCUCCCGACGCGUAUCCGUUAUGUAGAGUUGGUUUUGCUCAGUCUUGUCCUCUUGUUUUCAACCAUUCAGCAGCAACUUUCUUCUCAAACUCGUAACACUCUGCUGGCUGGCUGAAACUCCUCUGUCAACGGAGCAACUGCUCUGAAAAGUUUUGUGUGUGUGUGCGCGUAUGAAGUGUGACAGCACUGGGUCCACGCCUGCCCUCCAAUGAGGGGGAGGCUUCUGUGCCCUCUCCCCGCCCAUGAAGGGAGUGAGGCGGAGGACACGCAGCAUAGAGUUUAGUGGAGCCAGAAAAUACUUUGAUUUUCCCCUUUCGUUUUUUCUUUCUUUCAACUUUGCCGUAAUGAUCUCGUCUAAACUUCCUAUCGAGUUGCUCUUGGAGUGGAAAUGUUUACAUCGAGCCGUGUAGCCUAGUUGUGGCACAACUGUGGAUAUGUUACGGUGAAAGAAGAAGGCAGACACUUUCCCGUCGCCCGAUCCUCGGAGCGCAGCACAAUGGACUCCAGGCAGAGGACGCGCUCGGGAGGAGGGAGGCUGUGGAGGAGUUAUUUCUUUCUGGCCUUCGUCUCCUCUGCGUCUGCUCAGCUCAGCUAUUCCGUAUCGGAAGAACUAAGUCCGGGCUCUGUCGUUGGGAACAUCGCAAAAGAUUUGGGUCUGAGCGCUCAGUGGAUUGUGCAAAGGAAGUUAAGGGUGGUCUCGGACUCAUCAGUGCAGUAUUUUGAGGUAAAGCAGGCGAGUGGCGAUUUGGUUAUUAAACAAAAAAUUGAUAGAGAACAAUUAUGUGAACUGAGUCCAACGUGUUCAUUGCACGUUCAAAUACUUCUGGAGGAUCCAUUAGAGAUUCAUCGCAUCGUGGUGGAUGUUCUGGAUGUGAAUGACAACGCGCCGCAGUUCUCAACCAGAAACAUUUCUCUGGAGGUGUCAGAGGCGGCUGCCCCGGGGACACGGUUCCGUUUGGAAAGCGCACACGAUCCAGACGUGGGUACGAACUCAUUACGCACAUACCAUGUGGCAGCCAAUGACUUCUUUAUUUUGAAUGUACAAACUAAAAGUGACGGGAGCAAGUUUCCAGAGUUAGUAGUGGACAAACCUUUGGACAGAGAGACCCAGGCCUCGUUCCGGCUGCUGCUCACUGCGGUGGACGGGGGACAGCCGGAGAAAUCGGGUUCGACUCUUCUGCUCAUUAAGAUUUUGGACGUAAAUGACAAUUCACCGGUGUUUGAUGAGACAGUAAAGAAAGUGACACUGUUAGAAAAUGUGGCACGAGGCACUUUAGUAACCAAAUUAAACGCCACGGAUGCUGAUGCGGGUAGCAACGGUGAAAUAUCAUUCAUGUUUAGUAAAUACACGCCGGAACGUGUCCUCCAGCUGUUCAGCGUGGAUUCUAAGAGCGGUGAGAUCCGCGUGAAGGGUGAGGUGGAUUACGAGAAGGCCACCGCCUAUCACAUCACAGUGCAGGCCAGAGAUGGCGGCUCUCCUGCCAUGGAAGGUUCCUGUAACGUCAUAGUGGACAUUGUUGACGUGAAUGACAAUGCACCAGAGGUAACACUGACGUCACUGACCAGCCCAAUCAGAGAAGACUCAGCACCAGGCACGACAAUAGCGCUCAUAAGUGCUCGGGACCUCGACUCUGGUGUGAAUGGAGAGGUCACAUUAACUGUCCCACCAGGCUUACCAUUCAAACUUAAUUCAGCUUUUGGCAUGCAUUACAGCCUGACCACAGAGGGUAAACUAGACCGAGAGACUGUGCCAGAGUACACGGUGGUCAUCAGAGCCACUGAUGCCGGCUCCCCUCCCCACUCAUCCCAAACCACCUUUGUGGUGAAGCUGUCAGAUGUAAAUGACAAUGCCCCCACAUUCUCCCAACCUUCAUACUCAGUUGACAUCCCUGAGAACAACGCGCCCAGCUCCCCGAUUGCUGCUGUUUCUGCCACCGACCCGGACCUCGGUGAAAACGCCCGCGUCUCCUACUCCAUCCUUCCGGGCAUGGUUCAGGGAUCGCCCAUAUCAUCCUACGUGUACAUUAGCCCAGAGAGUGGCCACAUCUACAGCAUGCGCUCUCUGGAUCAUGAGCAGCUCAAUGCUUUCCGCGUGGAGGUUCAGGCCCGAGACGCUGGGGAGCCCCCACGGACAGCCAAUGUCACCGUGCAUGUGUUUGUAGUGGAUGUCAAUGACAACGCACCAGUCAUUGUUCACCCCUCCGUCCCUAAAGACAAAAGGCUGCAGCUCACUGUGCCCCCCUCUGCUGGCCCAGGGUAUCUCAUAAAUAAACUGGUUGGGGUAGAUGCAGACAGUGGGCACAAUGCUUGGUUGUUUUAUUCAAUUGUCCCCGGACCAAAUGCUGGCAUGUUUCGCAUUGGGGCCCACUCUGGAGAACUUCGCACAGCUCGGAAGUGGGCUGAGGAGGAUGUUGACUCAGCCUAUGACAUAAUGGUCAUCAUCCAGGAUAAUGGUGAACCGCCAAAGUCCUGCUCUGUGAACAUUACAGUAACAGUGGAUGAGAAGGGCACAGCCGUGGAAGUUCCCGCUAACCCCCGCCACAACCACUUCUACCACCGCACAGGGAUGCCGGAUAUUACUCUGUACCUCAUCAUCUCUCUUGCCUGCGUCUCGGCUGUGUCCUUCAUCACUUUUGUUGUUCUAAUGGUGCGCUGUUUAAGGCACCGUAGCCCGGGACUGGGGGGCUCUGAAUGCUGCUGCUUCGAGCGCCACAGACCCGGCCGCUACCAUCAGAGACCCAGCAAAGAUCUGCACCUGCAGCUCAACACUGAUGGACCCAUACGAUACAUGGAGGUUGUGGGGGGUCCUCAGGAUCCGCACACACGCACCUAUCGGCCGUGCUACUCCACUAUAUCGAGCCGAAGUGACUUUGUAUUUAUGAAGACACCCAUGCUGAGUCACAACAACACGCUCAACAUGACGCUCAGCAGGAAGCACCUUAUGAACUCAGCCAGUGAGCAAAAGCCUCCAAACAAUGACUGGCGUUUUACCCAGGGACAGAGACCCGGACCAAGCGGUCCCCACAUGCCAUACGGUACACACAUACGAUGGACUCCGAAGAAUGGGACAAGAGCGACUGGAGGGCCAGAGGUUGCCAUGGGAACCGGUCCCUGGCCUCAGCCUCCUACUGAAGCUGAGCAGCUCCAGGCCCUGAUGGCCGCAGCUAACGUGAGUGAGGCUACGGCCACCCUGGGGCCCGGCACCAUGGGUCUGAGCACCCGCUACAGCCCCCAGUUCACCCUGCAGCACGUGCCCGACUACCGCCAAAACGUCUACAUCCCCGGAAGCACGGCCACCCUCACCUCCAACCCGCAGCAGCAGCAGGCUACGGCCCAGCAGGCCGCCCAGCAGGCUCUGCCCCCGCCCCAGGCCUCAGCCCAGCCCGAGCCCCCGAAGGCCGCCCAGACCCCCGCUUCCAAGAAGAAGUCCACCAAGAAGGAGAAGAAGUAGAUCCGGAUGGAGACAGGUGAAAGGGUGAUGAAGCCGGCCUGACGUGAUGAAAAUCCAAACCCCCCAUCCCCCACCAUUAGGUAUCUCACUCCUCUGAUGUCACUCAUGAUGGCCAAAUAUUGACAUCAAGUCACUUUUUGCUCACAUGGAUGUUGUUGGCGAUUCUUUUGAAGUGUCUUCAAAGAUUCAGAUGUGUUGAAGGCUGUUAGUGUCACUAACCUGUGCUGUGCUUAAAGGUCAAGUAUUGUUCAUGUAAUCUUUGUUGGUAGAUAUUUUGGUGGGGUAUGAGGGGUUACUGUUUUGUUUUCCUUUUAAUUUUUCUUUAAAACAAAAAAAAAAAAUCAACAAAAAAAAAAAUCAAAUGAACUUGGACAAAGAGAUUCAGUGUAAGGAACCUUGCUGGGAUGACAAGGCUAUACACAGUGAUGUAUUCAGAGAUGAAAUGUUAAUGUCUUUUCUUGUUGGAUUUAAUGUGCACUUUCCCUGAGGUGGGAAGUCAGCUAUUGUAAAAGUAUGCUAGUCACCAUCCAUUAGAUUCCUCUAUAGGAUCAGCCUUGCGGGGGUCAUAAAGCGUAAGACAGUUACUUGACAGGUGUUAAAAAACUCUUUUGCAUGCUCAUUAAAGUUAGAACCACAUAUAAUAGUUUAGAGUUGCAAACUAUGCAUUGCAAAAGCAACGAGGAGUGAAUCUUAAAUCUACUCUCCUCCCUCCAAUCGCAAGUCAACAGAAUGCGCAUGUAGCAUUUACUUGACACAAAAUUAAAAUUACUUUUGUAAGCAUAGUUUAAAAAAAAAAAAGAUGAGAAUUGAGUCCUCUGAUAUUUUUUACGAUCCAAGCAUGAAUCCAGAGGAUGGGCCGGCAGAGGGUUGGGGGGGGGGUCGCAUGUUACUGUGUCCCGAGCCAUACCGUCCACUGAGGUGGUUUCACAGCAGAGGUGGACAGACGUGCGUCGCCCCCUCCGUACCCCCCGCCAUCCCCUCCUCACGCCCGGCUUGUGCCCUUCCCUCACCUGCUACCCUGUGAUCAGAGCCAAACUAAGAGAAAUGCACUGUUUGAAAUUGAAGAAAAGACUAAGUUGGGGUUCUAAUCACUUCGGCCUGUAAGGGAACGUGUAGAUGUGGUAAACGUAAGUGCUUAGGACUUUCUAGACACUUUGUAAGCCUCUAGGGCCUUGAUGGAGUUUUCCCUUUGACUUUUUCCCGAGGUGCUGAAAUAAAUUCUUGAUGUGACACAAUUAAGUUUUUUUUUUUGUUUGUUUGUUUGUUUUUUAUUGGGAUAUAAUGAUUCAAUAGCUUAGAGGAGUUGUUUGUAUAAGAUAUGAAGUCUUUACGUUGCCGCCCAUCUGUCUGCUGGACCCUUUGCCAGAUAAAACCGCAUGACAAAAUGGCAGCUUUCAGGCUGGGUCGAGGGGGAGUGGAAGGGGUGCCGUGAGAUGUAAACGGGCUGAGGUGGCACCGUUGUAUCAGCCAGGGGGUGGGAAGCAACCUUGGCUCUACUCACUGAAUGUACAGAGGAACCACCGUUGACCCCACCCCAGACACACACACACCCUCUAAACUCUCUCUGAUGCACUGACCUAUGAAGAGGUCAACAGAGCCAAGCACAGUUGUCCCUGUUGGUGAAUAAAAACCACUCACACCCUUCAAAUUUUCUCCUCUAUUGGAAUCAAUGGGAAACCUUCCUAGCCCUCUCACCUCUCUGCAUCCACUCCCCUGUUUUGUGAGGCUCUCCCCCGCUGUAAAUAGACACAAGUCCUGUCGAUGGUAUUAGCCAGGUACUUGUCUAGCAGGGACUACAUCCAACAUUGGAAAAACAGAGGUCCCUCUCAGCAAGGCGUGGCUUACUACUGGAAUGUGUUGCAUUUUGUUUUUCAAGAAAAUGAACAAAAUCACAGUUUGAAUUAAAAAAAAAACAAGUCAACAUUGAGUAAAGAUUUGACAUGUUCCUCACCAGUUUGUGUUGCAAUGUAGUAACCGAGCACCAUGGAAGCCAACUAACUCUCAUUGUAAAUAACUGAAGUAAAGAUAACUUUAGAUAAGUAAACAAAAGUGACACACGUAGACUAGUUAACUUGUGGUAUGUGUUGCGCAUAUUUUUGUGUUUAUUUUCUCUCUACUAUCUUUUAUCACCCUGUAAAGAAACAAGACAAAAAAAAAAUAUUGAAACGUUUCUAUCCUUCUGUAACCUCUUAAUGUUCUUUUGCGGUGGUUUUAUCUUGUGCAUUUGUGAAAGAAUGCCUCUCAUUCUCUUUCUGUCCAUAUGAACAAAUGAUUAUAAAUAUUAUAUAUGUGUAAGUCCGUCUGCUGCUGAAUUAAUACUACUCUAUCCUGCUGUAUUAUCUUUCUUAUCAAAUGCUUAGCCCCUCCCACGCUACACCCCUGUGUUACUCUCUUAUUUUUAUGCUAAUAUUUAUAUUGCUGUUUUAUUUUCUCUUGAACACUGACAUUUCAAAUAAAACAAAAUCAUAAAAAAUAAGGUCA